GAAAAGUUAUCACCGAUAAGCUCGUUUAGUGUAGAAAGCAAUCUAGCACAAAAGUAUGCAAGCGAGUCUUUACUCGAGUAGACAGCUAGCUAAAACAAUAGCGCGAUCUGUGCUAGCAUAAUAUAGCUAGGUUUACUUGUGCUGCUAGCGUCGAUGUUUAUUUUCAUCAUUUGCGUGCAUAAUAUGCUAUGUUUAUGCUAAGUUCUAACCAAGCCAGCCGCCCCCAACCGGCUGUUUUUGGGCCGAUCAAACUAGACAUGCUGAGUGAGAUGAAUUCUGACAGUGACAGCGACCUUGAUUCGACCGCCCCCGUGAAGCCUCAACCCAAACGGCGUCGUAUCAUCGACCCCUCGUCUAUUACCACCGUGCCGAUCUACUCUAACAAGGUGAACAACAGCUUACAGCUGAAUCCAACUCUCUUCGCCUGUGAUGUUAACGCAGGUGACAAUGCAGAGGAGGUCAGUUCGUGGGCCAAGUCUCCACCCUCAAAGAAAAAGAAGCCAAUCAUCAUUACCUUGAAUGACUCAGAGGAUGAGUCUGAGCCAGAGGACAAAGAUCCGGUAGACAUCCGUUCCCCCUCUCCACCCCCACCUCCAGGCAGCCCUUUUGUCAAAGUAUCCAAUCGGGCCAAUCGAAAGAUUCUAGAGAUCAACAGAAAGCUAAAGGCUGUGGGCUCUCUCCUCUCUCCCGAGGCCAAGGAGCGGUCUGGACGCCGCGGCUGCCACUCCCCUCCUCUCACUGAGUACGACGAUGAUGACAUCAUCCUCAUGUCCCCAAACUCCCGGCCCAGGAGCCAGCCCCUCGCCCCCUCCCGAGACCACAGCCCCCUGACAUCCAGAGAGAUCGCCCUCAAGUUCCGCAGCCGGACAGACCUCUACAAGAUCCCUGUGUUAACUACGGUGCCUCUGAGCAAAGCGGUGGAGCAGCUGUCAGUCAAGCUCAAAGUACCGCCCUCCCGCAUCCUGUUACUGAGGAGAGACAUAGAGCUUCCUGUCCACUCCACAGCCAAUGAGCUGGGCCUGGGCAUUGCUGACAUCAUAGACUGUGUUGUCAUAGCAGCAGAUGAUAAACACGAGUCUGAGCAAAGUGGUGACAUGCUCACUGUGCGACUGCAGGCCAAGGAGAAAGGCUCAGCACAGGAAUAUUCCUUACACAAAGAUGCCCCCCUGGGCUCCAUUCUCUCCCAGUAUGUGUCCAGUAUGUCCGUGGAUGCCAGACGCAAGGUGCGCUUCCAGUUUGACGGGUCAAAGGUCGUCCACAGCCAGACGCCCUCCCAGUUGGACAUGGAGGACGGUGAUGUCAUUGAGGUGUGGGUGUAAACACCUGUGGUAUUUUCAUAGAGCUGUGGUUUUCAAACCUCUCCUCUGGGAUCCCCAGACGUUUCAAAAUUGUGUCGUAGCCCUAUACUAACUCACCUGAUUCACCUAGUCAAGGACUUGAUUAGUUAACCAUUUGAAUCGGGUGUGUUAGCUGAUAUAGUUAAAAUACAUUAAACGGCUGGAGGUCCCCAAGGAACUGUUUGAGAACCCCUGUCAUAGAUGAUUUAGUUGUAUAUGCGAUGGACACAACAAACAAAAAAAGGAUAGAAAGAUGUCCCAGUGCUAUGUUCUUUUAAGAUGCAUUUACUGCACUUGGUCCAAAUAAGACUCUUCAAUAUUGCCACUGUCAAUUUAUGAUUGUUUAUUUACAAGAUGUGUUUUGAACUGAUUUUGAAAUAAAAAUGUCUCUGUUCGAAUGAAUGCA